AAGUUUGCCAAAAAAAAAAAAAAACAGCACGGAGACCUAAUUGUAAAUUUCGUAAAACCACGCGUCGUCAGUGUUAGUUCCCCCCUCCUCUUUCCUCUCUGAAAACCCUAACCCCUCCUCGCCGCGGAUCCGACCCCCAAAUCCAAACCCCUCCUCCGCCUCCCGGUGUCCCCCGCCGCGCGCACCGCCAUGCCGGACGUGCAGGCGCUCGUCAGCGACUUCGUCCUCAAGCUCAAGCGCCGGAAAGUGGAGGGCUCGCACGCCGUGGCGCGGCAAACGGCGGAGCUGCUGCGGUCUGUGGUGUCGCAGCACCGGAUGGGCAGCGCCAACCAGGCGGCCGCCCUCGCCGACGCUGUCUGCGCCGUUGGGGAGCAGCUCAUUGCCGCCAACCCCAUCGAGCUUGCUGUUGGCAACAUUGUGAGACGUGUUUUGCAUAUAAUAAAAGAGGAGGAUAUAUCUUCUACAGCAGUUGGUAUUGAAGGUCUUUCCGUUACUGUUGACAGUGAUGAUGAAUAUGACAGUGAACAUGAUGAUCGCCCGACAUUGUCUGCUGCUGUUCUUGCUGCUCAUGCUAGAAAUGCCCUUCGUGCACCUUCGUUGCAGACUCUUCUGGAUGAUAUUCCUGUGAAUCCUGAAAUUUUCCGCUCUGCGUCAUCAGCUGGGGACUCAGACGGUAAAAGUAAAUCAGCUGGAGAUAAGAGCUCAACUAAGAAACUGAAGCAUGAUGUCAUUGCUGCCAUUGGUGAUCUUAUUGAUGAGAUCGACAAUUGCUAUGAGCCGAUUUCUGAGCAAGCGGUGGAACUUAUUCACCAAAAUGAGGUGAUCCUAACGCUUGGUCGUUCUAAAACUGUCAAGGAGUUCUUGUAUGCUGCAAAGGAGAAGAAGCGAUCUUUUCGUGUAUUUGUUGCUGAAGGUGCUCCAAGAUAUCAGGGGCAUGUUCUUGCAAAAGAGCUCGUUGAGAAAGGGGUACAAACUACUGUUAUAACAGAUUCAGCUGUUUUUGCUAUGAUCUCUCGAGUUAACAUGGUCAUAGUUGGAGCGCAUGCUAUAAUGGCAAAUGGUGGAGUCAUUGCACCAGUUGGGAUGAACAUGGUUGCACUUGCUGCUCAAAGGCACGCUGUGCCCUUUGUUGUGGUUGCUGGUAGUCACAAGUUGUGUCCUUUGUAUCCACACAACCCAGAGGUGUUGCUGAAUGAACUUAAAUCGCCAUCUGAUUUGCUUGACUUCGGUGAGUUCUCAGAUUGCAUGAAUUUCAGCACUCAGGAUGGCAGUUCCCUUUUAAAUGUUGUGAAUCCAACAUUUGACUAUGUGCCACCGAAGCUUGUGAGCCUUUUCAUCACUGAUACUGGGGGCCACAGUCCAUCUUAUAUGUACCGGCUUAUUGCUGAGUAUUACUCAGUUGAUGAUUUGGUAGUGAGACGGAAGUCAACAUCUUGAAAGAACAUAAAAGCAUCCUGAGACUACUGGUUUAUGAAGGUAGAGUUGGAGAUGUUGCUCUCUUCAGUGCAAUCGCCUGUUGUGUUCCAGAAGUCCAGUUCUGUAGUUGCAGUCAAACUGCAGGAAAUCGAUGCAAGCAUUGUCCUCGCCCUAGCUUUUAACGAUUUUGAGUGUAAACUGUUGAGGAAAUGGGGGUGUGACCUGUCAUGGAUGCAUUGUUUGACUAUAGAAGAUAUACACAUAUGAUUUGAGUGUAGAGGGUGGCUGUUUUGUGUCCGUGCAUCCUGGCCUGGGCCAGUCGAAAUUUUGUCUGUUCAACAUUCCAACUGUUCCAUAUGUGUAGUAUUAAGUAUUAGCAUGCACAUUGAUGGAA